CUACAAAUGACUGUAAAAAUGGGAUUAUAUUUCGCAUUUAUAGCGUUAAAUUUUAAUGCAAUAUUCAACGCAAUAUUAAGCAUAAAAAAUUACGUCCAAAUAGAGUGGCAACUUCUUGUGAUACUCUUUAUAUACAUUAUUAUGUCGAUUAUAAAAGUAUUCCUCAUUAAUUAUACAUGUGAAAGAGUCAGUGUCAAGGCAAAUGCAACAGGAAAUGUUAUAAAUAAUGUAUCAUAUUCUAUUUCUGAUGUCGAAAUUCGUGAAAAUAUUUUACAACUUAUGUUACAAUUGACUCAAUCGCCGCUCAGAUUAUAUGGACUUGGACUGUUCCAGUUUAGUUACAAAUUCCUUCAAGGGUUCUUCUCCUCUAUUGCCACUGUUUUAGUGGUAAUACUACAAGCGCAAACAAAUAAGUAGAUACUUUAUAAAAAUACAGCUAAUA